ACCCUGCAUGGCUGGUUUUCUUUUCACAUUGGAGCAAUAAUAAACGCCCCGGACUGGCGGAUACAAUUUUAUGCAUGUUAACUUUGGGAUUUUUUUUGUUAGCUGUCCGGGUUUUGACCAGUGUUUGUGUUAGAAUUAGGCAAUCCCAAUCUGGCAACCCUGACAGCAGCCAGCAAUGUGCCAGCUGAAGUCCUGUGAAUAAACACACGCACUCCGGAGCGUGCAGGUACAUUUAUACCAGUCCUGUGAAUGUCAUUCAGCUGACGAGGACGGGUAGCGGGAUGGACGAGCGCUGAAUAUCGUCAUUUCCUUACGGACUGAAGAGGAUGGGAGCAGUAGCCAGGCACUGGAGAUGUCAUUCGGUCGGCUCCUGCGGCGUGCCUCAUCCAAAGCCUCUGACCUCUUGACCCUCAAUGCGGGCUCGGCGGGGUCACGGUCCAUGCAGGACGGGGAGGUCAUCUUCUCCAAGAACAACGUGUGUGUACACCCGGCUGAGCCCGUGCCCGGCCUGCCCGAGCAUCACCCAGGUUACCUGUGUGUCCACUUGGAGAAGGACGAGACUCUGGGCUCUACCCUCAUCCUCACCUGGGUGCCCAACUCGCGCAUUCAGAGGCAGGACGAAGAGGCCUUGCGCUACAUCACGCCCGAGAGCUCUCCUGUGCGACGCAACCCACGGCGCCGACGUGCCCGCCUGGCACAGCCACGCCCUCCACCCGCGCAUGAAGAAGAGGAAGAUGAGGAAGAGGCCCCUGAAUCAGGUCUGCAGCAUCAGGAGGAGGGUGACGAAGGCUCGUGCGAGCUGUCGGCCGACGAGGUGAGCCGAGACAGCACACUGGGCUCCGACUCGGAUACGUUCUCCUCGCCAUUCUGUCUGUCGCCCGUCAGCGAGGCGCUGGCCGAGAGCACCAGCUCUGUCUUCCUGGACAAUGAGAGCAGGGAGAUGUGUGAUGAGUCCAUGACCCACUCUGCAAGUUCCGCCUCCAGUUUGGACAGCCACGCCCUAUCAGAGAGCAGUCAGUCGCAGGGCAUGCGUUGGGAGGAGCAGCAGAAGGUUCUGGCUGUAGAACAGCUGUGUGGAGUGUUCAGAGUGGACCUGGGACACAUGCGGUCCUUACGGCUCUUUUUCAGUGAUGAGGCAUGCACAAGUGGUCAGUUGGUCAUAGCGAGCAGAGAGAGUCAGUACAAGAUCCUGCACUUCCACCAUGCUGGUCUGGACAAACUGGCCGAAGUCUUUCAGCAGUGGAAAUGCUGCAGGGAGACGCAGCUCAAGGACCAGGUGGCGGAUGAGAAGUCGUGCAUGCAGUUCUCCAUCCGCAGACCCACUCUUCCCUCCACGGAGACUCACCCGGAGGAACGUCUCUACCGGAGACUGGACGUCAGCUGCUGGCUGCGGCACCUGAACCACAACGGUCAAGUGGAGGAGGAGUACAAGCUCAGGAAGGCUAUCUUUUUUGGGGGAAUCGACCCAUCCAUCCGCGGGGAGGUGUGGCCCUUCCUGCUGCACUACUAUAGCUACGACUCCACCUCAGAGGAACGCGAGGCGUGGAGGCUUCAGAAACGCACCGAGUACCAGGAGAUCCAGCAGAGGAGGUUGUCGAUGAGCCCUGAGGAGCACAGUGAGUUCUGGAGGAAGGUGCAGUUUACGGUGGAUAAGGAUGUGGUAAGGACCGACAGGAGCAACAUGUUCUUCAGAGGAGAAAACAACCCUAACGUAGAGAUCAUGAGACGCAUCCUCUUGAACUACGCGGUCUAUAACCCGGAGAUGGGCUACUGCCAGGGAAUGUCUGACUUGGUGGCUCCGCUCUUGACCGAGAUCCAGGACGAGAGCGACACAUUCUGGUGCUUUGUGGGCCUGAUGGAGAACACCAUCUUCAUCAGCUCGCCCAGAGACGAGGAUAUGGAGCGGCAGCUGAUGUAUCUGCGAGAGCUCUUGCGCUUGAUGCUGCCGCGAUUCCACCAGCACCUGAUGCGGCUCGGCGAGGACGGCCUGCAGCUGCUGUUCUGUCAUCGCUGGGUUCUGCUCUGCUUCAAGCGCGAGUUUCCAGACACAGAGGCGCUGCGCAUGUGGGAGGCCUGCUGGGCUCAUUACCAGACGGAUUACUUCCACCUCUUUCUGUGCGUGGCCAUCAUUGUUCUCUAUGGCGAUGAUGUCACGGAGCAACAGCUGGCAACAGAUCAGAUGCUGCUGCACUUUAGCAACCUCUCCAUGCACAUGAAUGGAGAACUGGUGCUGAGGAAGGCACGAAGCCUUCUCUAUCAGUUCCGGCUGCUUCCCAGGAUCCCUUGCAGUCUGCAUGACUUGUGUAAGCUGUGCGGGCCCGGCAUGUGGGACAGCCGUUACAUUCCCGCCGUAGAAUGUUCCGGAGAGCAUCCGGAUUCGCAGAGCUGCCCCUAUGGAGGCAUGGCCACCCCGCAACCCCCGCUGUCACCAAGCCAGCCUAACGAGGGCAAGCGAGGCUCUAAAAAACGGGACAUCUUUAAUUUUCGCAAGCAGCCUUGACUCUAGGCUCAAAGCUACACUACCCAUAAUGCCUAGCUCCAGACGUGCCAUCCAACAGGUAGAUGGGUGAAUGCAGACCGCAGUGUAAUUAUUAGUCAUCUAAGAGAUAUUUGAAAGGAUCACUGCCUACUCCAAACACAUAUUUAUGUGUAACUGAUAUCAGGAUCAGCAAUGAAGGGAAGGCUUCGCUCUCUUUUCUGAACGGCAGGACGUGACUCGCGGAUAAGUACCGGAUAAAAAACGUCAGAAUUCAGAAGAAGACCGGCAUCUCAUAAAAAGGAAGGAUGGACCUUUGUAACUGACGAAUAUAUUGAUACUCUUUCUUAUUUUUCUUUCUUUUUUUUUUUUUUUUAUAGACCGCCUGCAUGUGUGUGAGUGAGAAAUGUCUCAAAAUUGUCUUUGAAGUUUCUUUUAUUACUCAGUUUCUGCAAGCAGUGAUCUCACUGCAGUAACAGGAGCGAGUUGUCCUGUCAAACUAAACUGAAAUACAGAAGGAUGGGUUCAUGAUGCAAAAAAACCCCUAGUCAUUCCAUACCUCACCAUAUAUUGGCAUACUGAGACUAUAGAUUACAUACGGUAGGAUGUUAUACACAAGUUGUGUGGGUUUUUUGGGGUUUUUUUGUUUGUUUUUUUGGUUAACAAAGCAAUAUAUAUUUAGACAUUUUUAGGAUACUGGACAUAUUUUAUCACUAAACACAUGAGCAAUAUUUCCUGUUCCUAACACAAUUGUGCAUGCGUUGUUUUUCAUUAGUACUAAUCGAGCAGCGGUCAGAUAUUUGGCUGGUUCCGAUGUAACGUUAAUCCCACCGUAGUGCCGUCAGGUCUGUGCUUGGAUGCUGGUGCCGUCGCCUCGUGUUAAAAUCACGACUGUGGCAGAAGGUCUUAAUCCGCUCCAUAAUGCCUCUCAGUGCCGCAGGGAAGAAAAGCGCUCCAGUCCAAACCCAAGUGGGACUUUGUCUAUAAUUACUUAAUCUGGGGACGUUAAGCCGCUGGAUGGAUGGCGUUCGGGUUGUGCGUCUUCGAUGACUGAGUUAGUGGGCUGAAGAUGGCCCGCAACUUAAAGGUUCCCCAGAGUCUUUUUGAGAGCAGCUCGGAGAGCAGCAAGCCGCAAAUUGCCGUUAAAAGGCAACAUUAUUCUGCGGGAGCCGAGCUCAGCCUCUCCACACGCGGCCUUGGUGAAUGCAAUGCAUUAUGGACCCUUUUUAAACCAUUAGGCAUUUGAAAGGGUCUCUCGGAUAUCCAGGAAGGCCAAAGGGACGUUAGCGUUAGCAUGGUUGGGAAAUAAUAGGAAGAUGACAGUGCUGGCUUAUAUGUUAUGGUGUGUGUAGUUUUGGUUGUGUGAUAACGAACUAGCCUACUUAGUCAUGCUUUUCUGCAGCUUAAACUUUCACGUACAUACUCAGGGGUGGACAAAUGAUAAAUUCUUAAUUAGUUAGCUCACCAGGCAUGUGGAAGCUCCAGUGUGCCUCCCAAUUCCAUGUUUCAGUGCAUAGAAACCUAACUGGCAAGACUAAAAAGUGACCCUGUACAUGAUGAUAUAACCUAUGGCCAGCUAGUUAGAUAGUUAAGUGCAGUAAUGCGUACAAAGGGAUAGGAAAGGGUAUAUAAAUUCCCAGCAAGCGGACAACUCUGUAGCCGUAGUGCUUGUCCUUUCCUGAAGUUUCUGAUGUAGCACAUUGUGUACGGACCUCAAAUGAAAGUUCACCGAGUUCACUCGUAUCAAAAGCAAAAUGUUAUUCGCAUCUGGCUAAGUGUCUUUAUUUUCUUUCCGUAUAUUUAAAUGCCCAUGUGUGUAGUGCAGCAGGCGGUGGCAUUCGGGACACUUGUGGUGUGAUUACAGCAUUGAGGUGCGUCGCAUCACUGUGAAACACAUUGCAUUAAAAUGGGAAAUGAAACCUGUGGUUUUAUAAAAGAUAAUAAGUAUGGUUUGUUUUCUUUCUCUGGUUGUUGAAGUUUCUUGUCUGUAGGGAAACUACGAAUAAAAAAAUAAUAAUUAAUAAUAAUAAUAAAAAAGUAUAUCCCAGACACUAAAUCUGUUUGUCCCAAGCGCCUGGGCAAGUGUGUUUUGUUUUUGUUUUUUGGUUUGUUUUUUUCUCCCCUGAUACAGUAUUUUUUAAGUUUACACAUACUUAGCAUUUCAUUUCAAAUACUAACAACAUUGUUUAGUCAGUACAGUCAGGUAAAACCUGAUUUACAGGUUCGCUAGCUGAUCUGUUACAUGAUUUUGCCAUUUGUGGUCAACCACAGGGCAUAGUUAUAAAGAAGUGAACCGUAGACAUCCACAACCAUUUAAUAAUCCUUGUCGAAACUCACACCACUUGAUUUUUUUUCUGUUACAUGCAUUCUUAGACUGGGGUUUAUCUUUAUUA